GUUGUGACCAUCGCGUAAACGUUAUUUCCUGUGUAAACCAUCCCAUCGCUUUGGAAUUUGUAUGAAGGGCUCAGUCAUUGUACAGCUUAUCUCGGGAUCAGAGGCACCCGGCACGUGGGUGCAGCAUUAGAAGAAACACCUGGAAGUACAGCUACAUUAGCGAUUAGCGGGGACUUGGAUAUAUAUAUUGGACUAGACUGGACAAAUGUGACAAGCACCGCUAUGAAGGGACCAAUUCAAAUUCUUGUUCUUGGUAAAGAAGGAGUUGGAAAAACUGCUCUGGUGGUCCGCUUCUUAACGCGCAGGUAUCUCACCGAGUUUGCGCAACUGGAGGAAGUGACGUACGAACGGCCUGUGUAUGUGGACGACCGCCAGGUGACGCUGCGAAUUACUGACGUCAGCGGAAAGAUCUUGGAGCGCCGCUCGUCUUCAAAAGAAAUCUUUUCUAAAGUUGACGCAGUUGUGGUGGUCUACUCCAUCACAGACAGACAGAGCUAUGAAGUCGCAGAGAAUAUUGUAGAUUGGCUCAAGCGGGACCGGAAGUCAAACCCCAAUCUUCCAGUGUUGGUGCUGGGGAAUAAAUGUGAUAUGGACCACCUGAGGGUGUUAUCGCGGUCGCUCAACAACUUCGACAGCGAGUACCAAGGCGUCGUCUUCCUCAGCACGGAGUGUUCAGCGUGCGAGGACUCCGACGGCGUUGUUGAUGCAUUCCACAGCCUCAUCAGGAAGGUGAUAGAAAAGCGAGAGGGUUCCACGAAGAGCCAGCGCAAGCUGUCACACGUGCCGCUCGGGUCGCCGAAACAGAUCCGCGCAACCAUCAAGAGACGCUUCAGCGUGUUCAGCAGGGAACGGACAACUUUGUGAAACACACGAGAUUGAAACCACACACACAGCAUCAUUGAUAAUCCAGUUAUCACCAUUUUUGUUCUGAUACAAUUAGCUUGGACCCAUUCAACACCAUUGAUUCGUUUUGAAAGUGACGUAACAUCUUAAUUCUCUGAUCUGUAACUUCGCAAAGAAUUUCUCUGUGCGUGGAAUUUAAAAUUUGUUUCGGCUUUUACUCAUGACGAAGCUAUGGUGGAGAAUGGGUCCAGGGUAUUUAUCACGAUAGUAUGGAGAUAUAGUGCUCUGCAUUAUCGAGGAUGCGCCAACAGAGACGUAAUUACAAUGUUUGGACUCGCAUCAAGACUAACUACAAUGUAUGAGUCCUCCACAAUGUAACUCCGUGUCCGUCAGACACCUGAAAAUCGAGGUCAGUUACAGGUCACAAGGACAGUCGUUGGGUAAGCAUAUUCAAGUGAAUAGCUUUCUCGGUUCCAGAUUCUCGUAGACAUAAAGCGACCUUGAUAGCUGCAAACAAGAAAUUCAAUCUGAUAUUUUAUUGCGAGGUGAUCCUCGGAAUGCCAUAACUGUCACACCUGCUCAAAACACGCAUUGCCUUCUCAUCCACUCAUUCAUUGGCUUACAGGGGCGGUCGGGUAGCCUAGUGGUUAAAGCGUUCGCUCGUCACGCCGAAGACCCGGGUUCGAUUCCCGACAUUGGUACAAUGUGUGAAGCCCAUUUCUGGUGUCCCCCGCCGUGAUAUUGCUGGAAUAUUGCUAAAAGCGGCGUGAAACCAUACUCACUCACUCACUCAUUGGCUUACACUGUUGCGAUGCGUCCUUUAAGUUGACACCAUUACGUACAAGCUAUACACCUGGAAAA